GUCUAUUCUGGGCUGGGACCUGUGAGAAACCACAGCCCAAAGCCAUGUUUGGUGAGAAAAAGCCCACACACGGCAAUUACGGCAACCCAGGGCGUGACCUGCCCCGGGAACUCUGGCACAUCCCGGGCAGCCGCCGGCAGAGCGGGCGCGCGAGCCCAUGUCCCCCUCCGGCAUGGACCCCGCGGUGCCCAAGGCCACCCUGAAGGUGCUGGGUCUGUGCGCGGUGCUGCUGGUGCUGGUGGCAGCGGUGACGGUCUCCGUGGCGGUGAUGGUUUGGCGCUCGGAGGCGGUGGGGAAGCUGCGGGGCUGCCAGGAACGAGCAGCCAACAAAAGCCAAGAGCUGGGGAACCGCGUGGCCGAGCUGGAGCGGGAGCGAGCGCGGCUGCAGCGGGCGGUGGCGGCGGGCACGCGGGUGGAGGACGCUCUGCGCCGGGAGCUUACCCAGGCUCGUGGUGGUGGCAAGAAGCUCAACGCCAGCCUGGUGGCCUGCCAGGAGCGGGCGGCCAGGCUGGAGGCCAACGUGACGGUGCUUUGGGACGAGGCGCUGGCCCUGCGGCGCGAGCGGGCUGAGCUGGCCCGUGGGAAGGCGGCUCUGCAAGAGGAGCUGGCACGGGGCGAGGAGCAGGCGCUGGGGCUGCGGCAGCGGCUGGAGGAGGCAGCGGAGCAGCGGCGAGCGCUGCGGGCACGCGGGGAGCAGUGCGAGGUCCGGCAGAGAGAGCUCGAGGCCACCCUGCGCGACUACGCGGCUGAGAUCGAUGCGCUGCGACGGCGGGCGAGGGUCCGAGCGACCGGACGCAGGUGCCCCCCAUCCCGGUACUUUCUAGGGGUGCUGCCCUGCCUGGGGUCGGCUGUUGGUCUGGGGAGGGGGAUUCACUGCUGCAGCCAGACUGGGUGCUCCCCGUGCUUCCCAGCACGUGCCAUCGUCACCGGUGUCCCCAGGGGAGCAGGACGUGGGGGCUGUGUGGGGACUCACUCCCUGCUUUCCUUUCUUUUGCAGGAAGGGCUGAAGCCCUGCACCCCCCGACCCACUCCUUGCCGGGGGGGCUGGGGGCCAGGCUCCCCCAGCCGGAGCCCAUCAUUCCCAGUCCCACAGCGCCCCUUAGCACUGGGACCCAGCAGCAGCUCAGCCCCAGAGGUAUCCUGACCAGAGCCGGAUGGACGAUGCUGGUGGUCACCGUGUGCCUUCAUCCCAUAGCGCAUCUUCAUCCCACCGUGUGUCCUGAUCUCACCAAACAUCCUGAUCCCACCGAGCAUCCUGAUCCCACUCUGUAUCUUCAUCCCACUGUGUGUCCUGAUCCUGCUGCCAGUUGUGAUGCCACCACACAUCCCGAUGCCACCACAUAUCCCGACGCCACCACACAUCCCGAUUCCACCACUGCGGGAGGAUGGCAGGGCCAGAAGUGUCAGCAACCCAGCUUUUGGGCAGAAUUUUGGCUCAACCAAGGGAUGGUUUCAUCACUGACUGCUUGGAGCUGAUCAUUAACCAGCUCCAGGGUUUAAUGCCACAUUCCCAGCACGCUCCAGAAACUGGGAAGAAUAGGCAGGCAUUUGGGCAAUAAAGCCUGAUAGACUCACUGGGAUGUCUCCCUGUUCCCCCUUGAGCCCAGUUGUCACCCCAUGAGCCCAGCCGUC